AGGGAAGGGACAGAGAGAAGUCCUGUGAGAUGCAAGUUGUUUAAUCACUGGGCUUGUCAAGAAUACGCUAUAAAUUCACUGUCUGCAUGCGUUGCGUUCGUUUUGAUGGUGGACUGAUUGGUUUAUGAGCUUUUCUGUCAUUCUGCUUCAACUCUGCGUUGCAAAACAUCACUUGGAUCUGCUCAAAUGCAUCUAACUGAGGAUUGUACACUUCUCCUGCUGGAUCGGUGAGCCAGAUGAACAACCCGACACCCCUACACUUCUACAAAACAAAGGGGAAGAACGUGUGUGUUCUCAUGCUACUGUGUGUUCCCCUCUCCAUGAUGGACAUCCCUGGUCCUUGCAAACAUGCCAUAACUAUGGACCACCUACUUCAACUAAAACAACUGAUCAGCAACCAGUUGCGGACUGGCUGUUCAAUCACAUAUACAUUCAUAGAGAGAAAACACCUGAGCGUGGUGUGUUAUGUCAAAGCUGCUCUGCCAAGCGUGCUUGAACUGUUUAACAUCCACUUCAAAUACACGCGGGGCUCAGGAAGUGCUCAAGCAGUGGCCUCCAUACAGAACCUCAUUUUCAACAUCUACUCCCAACACUGCAUACCUUCACUGAACGAGGAACUGGAGGAGGACCCUGUAGCAUUCGAGAGGCAAUACAAUGAGUCUCCUGUCCAGGCACUUCAAAGAGUCGAGGAAGUUCUAACCCUCUACUUGCACCUCAUUACAACCACAAACACGCCUGUUAACUGGACCUGCGAGCAAGAGUACAGCAGCAAUUUACCCCCUACCGUAACACAGCUAACCCCCAGCACAGAGGCUGCGGCGGGAUUAUUCGGGCAAGAUCCUCAGGAGUCCUUCAACGAUGAUUUCUACAGGCUGGGCUUCAUUGUGGUCUCCAUCUGUGGAGGAUUUCUUCUCUUACUCACUGCCUACUGCCUCAUAGAGAGAAAGAAGCUGAAGCAUCAGCUUCACAGAACAAGAAUGUCAUCAGAUUGGGGAUUACAAGUUGUCGAAAACGUUGAAAUCCAAGAGGAAGUAUACCAGAUGAAUGACCAACAAACACAGCUUGACUCACAUCUCUCCACUGCCUUCUAACUGAUUUCAUCUUUCUGGAUGCUCACAAGAGAGUAUAACAGUGAAACAGACUGCCUUACACUACAGAAAGACCACAAUCAUCAUCAGAGGAAACAGAAUGAAGAUAUCUGUCCGGUUUGGCAAGAUAACUCAUACGCCUUCGACCCUGUACAUAUGUAAAUAUGCAUAUUACUACAAACAUCUAUUUCUGGACUACUGGAAAAAUCAAAGUAUUGCACGCUCAGUAAUGCUACAGUUACAUCAAUCCUCAAUAUACCUACUGUAAAAACUAGAAAAGGUUUCAUAGUUGGUUUCAGUUGUCAGUGUACUAUACUGAUGUUAUUGUUCAUAUGUGAGCAGUAUCUUACAGUAAAGGCUUAGUUUGUCGAUACAGAACCGUUUCUUAAUUUCUUUCCAUUUCCAAUAUAAAGUAAACAGAUUUUUUACAUUUUAAAACAAUUAUCAGCCAAAGUGUUUAAAGAAACAGUUCUCCAAAAGUUUGUUUAUUCAUCAGAAUGGAUUUGGAUAAAUUUAGCAUUACAUCACUUUCUUACCAAGGAAUCCUCUGCAGUGAAUGGGUGCCGUCAGAAUGAGAGUCCAAAAAGCUGAUAAAAACAUCACGAUAUUUUACAAGAAGACUCCAGUCCUUCAGUUAAUGUCUUGCAAAGAAGAAAAGCUGUGUGUUUAGAAGAAACAAAUCCAUAAUUUUUAAAACAUUAAUUUUUAAACAUUAAACUGGCCAAAAUGUUGUGAUGCCUCAGCCUUUCCUGAAUCUUAUGUUCCCUCAACCCAAACUCUGCUAGAAGCAAUGACUAUCAGUCCACAAAAGCAAUAUAUGAUGUCAAGUCACACAUUUAGUAUUUAUACAUUAUUAGAAAACAAAAUUUUACAGUUAAUAUAAUCAAAAAUGACUUGAAAACCACAAAAAUAUGAUGACUUCACGAAUGUCAUUGGCCAAUCACCACCGUCAGACACAUGGAGUUCACAUAGUAGCCAUGUAGUUUUCUCUGUUGAUGCUAGAUGCUAAAAGAACCUGCUUCAUGAGAAUAACAUGAUCUAAACAUUUAAAAUAAUUUCAGAAAUUGGAAGAGGGUGUUGACACAUCAUGGUUGUGACACAGGAAAUAUUAACAUUAGGAUUUAAAAUAUUCUAAAACUAUAAAACUUACCAGAACCUGUCUGACGUUGAUGUACUCUGCAGAGACGCAAUGUGGCAAGUGGGUCAUUUAGAGUGACAGCUGCCCCGAUAUUCCCUGACUGCUUUAAUAUGAGAUAUUAUAAAGUGUUGCUUUUGAUAAAACAAGCUCUUUUUCAUCAUUAAGAAGCAUUUUUAUCAAUUUUAUAGAAAAUGAAUGUUUGAGCCCUUCUCUGUGGACACUGUUUGUGAUGUAGUGACAGCAAGUGUCAUAGAUUUCAUGUAAUAAUGGUAAAAUUAAAUUGAAGGGGAUUUUCAUUUUCAAAGUAUUCUCAUUUUUAAACCUACUAGCAGUUACAAUUGCUGGACAUGUUUUGUCCCAUGUCUCCUUCAAUUUCAAAAUCAUCCUACAUCGCUGCAGAAGUACUGAGUGUUUACAAAGUGAACAUGCAAAGAAGAUCAAAUGGCCUUUACAAAAAAAUUAAAACAGCGAUAUAGGACUAUUCUUAAGUUGAGGGAGAACAUGAGAUGGGACUUUUUCGACAUACCCUAACUGUCAUGAACCGAGAAAAAAAAAAGUCCAGAGUCCAGGCCAAGAUGAGUGUUUGACAUUAAAAAGUAUAUAAAUUGUAUUAUUUUUAAAAAAAUAACUGAUAAUUUCACUAGAUAAGACCCUUCUUCCUUGGCUGGGAUCAUUUAGAGCCCUUUAAAGCUGCAUUUAAACUGCAUUUUGGAAGUUUAAACUCACAGGCACCAUUGAAGUCCACUAUAUGCACUUUUAAAAAUAAAGGUGCUUUAAAAGGUUCUUCACAUUGAUGCCAUAGAAGAUCCACUGGUGAGCAAGUGAUGUAAUGCUAAAUUUUUCCAAAUCUGUUCUAAUGAACAAACUCAACUACAUUUUUGAUGUAUUUUUAUUUUUGUUGAGCUAUUCCUUUAAAGAAGUCCACUUCCAGAACAAAAAUUGACAGAUAAUGUACUCACCCCCUUGUCAUCCAAGAUGUUCAUGUCUUUUUUUUCCUUCAGUCGCAAAUAAACUAUGUUUUUUGAGGAAAACAUUUCAGCAUUUUUCUACAUUAAAUGGACUGCUUGGUGCCCAGACUUCGAACUUCCAAAAUGCAGUUUAAAUGCGGCUUUAAAUGAUUCCAAAUGCGGUUGUAAAUGAUCCCAGCCAAGGAAGAAGGGUCUUAACUAGCAAAACAAUCCGUUAUUUUCAUUAAAAAAAAUACAAUUUAAAUACUGUUUAAUCUCAAACGCUUGUCUUCUCUUGCUCUGCCUGAACUCUUUGUAUUCUGGUUCAAGACAGUUAGGGUAUGUUGAAAAACAAUCGUAAAUCAAAAUCAUCCUACAUCGCUGCAGAAGUACCGACCCAGUCUAUGCAAAGUGAACAUGCAAAGAAGAUCAAACACCUUUAACAAAAAAGGUAAAACAACGAUAUAGGACUAUUUUGAAGUUGAGGGAGAAUGUGAGAUGGGAGUUUUUCGACGUACACUAACUGUCAUGAACCGAAAAAAAAGACAAGACGAGCGUUUGACAUUAAAAAGUAUAUCAACUGUAUUAUUUUUAUGAAAACCACUGAUCACUUCGCUAGAUAAGACCCUUCUUCCUCACCAUAGAAGUCCACUAUUUGGAGAAAAAUGCUGAAGUGUUUUCCUCAAAAAACAUAAUUUCUUUACGACUGAAGAAAGAAAGACAUGAACAUCAAGGAUGACAAGGGGGGUGAGUACAUUAUCUGUAAACGUUUGUUCUGAAAGUAGACUUCUCCUUUAAGAUAACACUGUCUAACAUAUCUGCCUACUUUCCAGAAAGAGGUCAAAAGGUUAUUAUUUUUUGAGGGGGUGACAUGCUGACAUGAAAAUGCAGUUUGAGCUGACAACAGUACAUUUUACAAAACAGUUUUAUUUUAAGAUGGCAGUUUUCCCAAUUUAGAUAUAGUUUGAUAGUAUAAGUUGCUAUAUGGGAACUUUCUUUUGGUUUGCCACACAAAGCUAAAAUCCAGCAGGAUGGAUAUUAUUGGUAUUAUCUACUAUAACAAAACAGAUUAAAACAAUUCCAGACACAAAUGUUUCCGGGUGACCCACUUGAGCUUUCAAUUUGCAUUUUGUUUCUGUCUAAGUUUCUGAGUGUGUGUCACCAUUUGGCUAAGGCAUUAAACAUUCACAGACGUCUCUCCAAAUUAAAAACAAAGAAAUGUGGUAGAGAUUUUCGGACGUCUGCUAAAGAUUAGAACAAGCCAGUCUUAGUAAAAAGGAAGAGGUUUAUUUAGUAGAAAAACAGCACGCAGCUUCUUGUGAAUGAGAUUAAAAACCAACAGCUAUUACAAAACCAAAAUGAAUAUUCUCAAAACAAAUCACAUGCACCAGCUACACAUGGUUACUUAUGAAGUGUUCUGCAGUGAAAUAAAGGUUGUAUCAGUUUGUAUCUAAAUGGCACAACAGACAGUGGCACUAAUGCAUGUAAAAACAAGAGAGAGUAAUAAUUAAUUAGUUAAAUACUAAAUUAAUUGAUAAAUAAGAGGAACCAGGGUUGGUUGGCACAUGGUUAAUUUCUUAAUUUCUGGGUCCUGUCACAAAAAUAUAUCCUGAAUGUAACAGGUCAAAAUGUGGACAAAACCUGUCAAUUAUUCUAUGGUAAAACAACACUCUUCUCCAAAACGUAAAAACAUAUUAAAAAAAAAAAAAAAAAAAAAAAAAA